AACAGAAAAGUCUGACAUCGGUGACACACUUUUAUAUUUGAUCUCUGUUUUGAGAUAUAUCUGAUGGUUUCUCCCGGAUGAAAGCGAAUGCGUUCACUAGUUCUGGAAGUUGAGGUUGUCCGCAGGUGUUUGUUGAGGAAGUUCUGUGACUCACUUGCUUUGAUAUCACUCAGUUUACUCGGUUACCGUCACGGUGGAGUUACUUUAAUCUGAAAGAGACGAUCCGUUCCCCCGAUGGAGAUCACCCCGAAAGCAGCUAGAGGGACAUCAGUGUAUCUGUCCCCGUGUGAUUCAGUGGAGUCAAGUCCCAGUGAAGACAAACAGGAGAAGCCUCAUCAAAAGCUGAGUUCCUCUCUGAGGGAGAGGCUGAAGAGAUCGAGGCGCUCCUUCACCUCGCCCUCCUCCGUGGCCAAACGACUUUGUGUUGACGAUGACUCGGAGGAGGGCGGCCGACAAGUUUCGGCAGAUUCCCAGAAGACCGUUAAUAAUCCUCCACUCGUCCCCGGGCGCGAUGUUGAUGUAAACAGAGAGGACACUAGAUCAGGGAGUGAAAGGUUUUCUGGACCCAUUCCCGAACCAAGGCAUCCUCCUUCUAAAGACUUAGCGCAGCAACGAGACCAACUCAGGAAGGAGGUUAAAGACAGGAUGGAAACCCUGCGCAGACUCAAGCUGGUUAAAAUGUACCGAAGCAAGAAUGAUCUAACGCAGCUCCAGACCUUGAUCGACAAGUGGCGAAGUUGUGCUCAGGCUGCUCUCUAUAAGCUCCAGCUGGACGUCCUGGUCGAGGGACAGAAGGGAAGCCUGUCUCAGCUUAUUGACCUCUUCGGUCUGGAGGACGGCAUUCUGCACUUUGACCGCACAGAGGAGGACUUCACUUUCUAAUAAUUUCUUCUGAAGCACACGCCCAAGAAAAUAUUUAUAUCAUCUGGGUACAAAAACACUCGAGCUGAAGGAUCACAUUUCAAAUAUGCUUUGUUAAUUUAUUGCUUUUUUUGUUGCUGUUACAGUU